UCUCAAGAAAUAUUUACAUCAGUAACUACCGCACAUGCGAACGCCAAGGUACACCGCCGCCUUUCCCUCACCAAUUUGGCUGUUGGUAACGUUAUCGGUUCUGGAAUCACCGGGGCGGGCGUUGCUAUGAUGCCUCGGCUUCAUCCAGCCAGGGCACCACCUCCAUUUUUGCGUCAAGAAACAGCAACAACCCAAUCCUCUAUCUCGUUGGCGCCUGGAGAUAAUGACGUAAAAGCUACUGUUCAAUUUAGCGUACACUGGGAGGCUGAAAAGGAGGAGGAACAUGAGAGUGGGGAUGGCGAACUAGAAGAGAGAUCAACAAAAGAUACAAAGAAAUUACAUAUUCAGAAGACUGUAAAAAAUAUGAAGGAUGAGCAAGAGUUGAUUCAUAUUGAACCUGAAGAUUCUUUAUUUAAUUCCGCCGUACCAUCCUUAUCAGUCAGACUACCGGAUCCCAGCAGUACAGAAUCUGGCACUCAGCUCAUUCUUUCUGCAGCCAAUGAAAAAGCUCCUCAACAAUCUACUUAUACAGAUACUGCCCGGUUGACGCUUAAGCGGAGGCAAAAGUUACACCAGUUUGUACAUAGACCCGAUGCUGAACUUAAUCAUCUUAGGCUGCUUUAA